AUGAUCAUCUCCACCCGCACUCCCUUCUCUGAGCCACAAGCACGGCUCUUGCUUACAGCGUCGGCUCUUCAAAAUCUUCAUAAAGAUUUCGACAGACACCACCCCAGAAGUGCGUGAUGUCUGACCGCCGGUCUUAUCCACCGAACGGGCUGUCCGGCUCCACCACGCCGGCAACCCCACCCAGCGAGCCCCGACGAAGUCUAACCGCUUCCGGAUUGCCCGGUCUGAGCUCCACGGCAUCUUCUCUACGAGCUCGCAGGAGCGGAGCAGCAUCGGGAUCUUCGCUUCGUCGCGUCAUGUCUCCGGGCGAUGAGGAUGAUGAUGGCGAAGAGGACGGCGAGCAGGCCAGUCAACAUUCGAGGCGCGAGGGAGAAUUGGCAGACCUUCGAGCUGGUAUCAUCAUGCCAGGCAUGGGUUCCAGAGUGCCAGGCUCUACAGGCGCUACAGGUGCCUCAUCCAGUGCGCCUCAAAGAGGUAGAGAAGGCUUCACUGGCAGCUCAAGUGCAGCUGUCCCGUCAGGCCCAGCUGCUGCUCUGCGGGCCAGGCUUCCUGCAACGCUUAGCGCAGCCAUCAAAGGCAAGCCACCUGUUCGUCGAGCUACUUCGGCUGGAGAACAAGCAGCAUUGCUUGGAGGUGAUGGUGAGCCGGCGACUACGGACAGCAUGCUUUUGCCUGCAUCAGCCGCGAAAGGACCCUCGAACAGGCCUUCCGCUGCCAGAUCCAAGAGCGGCGCUUCUCCUUCUGCUCAGCAACAGCGCUUCAAGGGUACUCCAGCACGAUCCAUUCGCUAUUCUCUACCUGUCAGAAGCGACAAGCCAGUGCGUACGAGCAAGACCAGCGGCAAGCACGUCCUGCUGCCUUCAGAAAGUCAACUCGCUCCACUGCCUGGGGAAGAGGACGACGACAGUGAGGAUGAAGAAGAGAGCAGCGAGGAAAAUGAAGCAGACGCGAAAGAUCGCAACGAAGCUCAACAGGCAGUGGCGGAGCAGCGAGUCGGAGAUGAUGGCACGGCCAUCGAUGCCAUGCCUCCGAACAUUGCCACCGACGUCAGGCAGCACAGGACGCUAUCCCCGGGCCGUGGGCGACUCACGUCGCCAUCCCGAGCAAUACCACCUGGCAAGCAUCCCAAGUCGGCAGCUGCUACCAAGCGCGGUCCUGUGCACUCAAGAGCGCCACCUCGUAUACCCAAACAAAGCGGACCGGUCUAUCACACCUUCGAGCGAUUGGCGCCGCAGUCGCGCCAGCACACCCCUUUGCCUCGUUUGACUUCCUACUCUGUCGGACCAGCCAUCCACAUUCCUACUCUUGCAGGUUUUCUGAGAAGAGAACAUGGCGUGCGACCUCGGCUGUACGAUGAGUGCGCUUACGUCGUCUACUUCAAGCCCCUGCUGCCAGGCUUUGGCCGUGCAGAGGUUCGCAGCGCUCCAGAGCCGAGAGGUUCAAGUCCCGGAGCCGAGGAUCGCCGCGAGCGUCAGCUUGAGGAACAGGAGGAGAGUGGAUACCUCGGCUCCUACUUUGCUCAGAAGAAAGAGGAAGAAGAGGAUCCCCAGGGCUAUAUUCACGGUGGCGAAGGCAAAGGCGGCGACGACGAACCCGAACGUGAUGGCGAAAGUCGAGGAAGCAAUGGGCGGGCGAGCAGCUCUACAGAUCAUCUUUCUUGGCACCGCGAGCGUCGCGAAGAAAACAGUCCAGAAAGCGAGCGCCGACAUCUUGAGCGGCUUAGCGAGGCUGAGAACGAGACAGAGACUGAAGGCGAGAGGGAAGAGCAAACAGAUCGAGGUGGCCGCAUUUCAACAGGCAUCACACCGCCUUCGCAGCCUGCCACAAUCAACGAAGAAGACGAGGGGAUCGCAACACCUCGAGCUCUCGAACCACGCACAGGCGCUGAUGAUGUGGAUGCUCUUCUCUCUGGCGAAGAGAACGCCGAUGACCAAGGGCGACUACUUGGCACGUCCUUGGACGCUGUGAGCAGCGAAGAUGAAUAUGCCCUUCGGGCUCUUGAGCAGGAGUCGAAUGCUGGCGUGCUGGCCACCGAAGAUGAGCUGCUCUCGGCUGAUGAAGCCGGCGCAAGAGACAUGCUUCUGCAACAGCAAGCUGUUGAGGACGGAGAUGCCAGCUUCGGGCGCGAUGAGGUCGAAGCGGGUAUGGCGCGCGAGUUUGUCGAAGAGGAGCCUGAUCCGAGCCACCCACACGCGUUGAGCUCCUCUCCGCCCCGAAGUCCCGGACGCAAGGCGACGCGCUGGGAUGAACCCUUGGGCGAGGAUGUGGCGCCCUCUCGCUCGGGGCGUAGGCCGAAGAAAAAUCGCCGAGCAUCCGGACCUAACCAAGCGUCCCACAAUCACGACACUUCUCGCAACAUGCUGACGUCUCGCGGCAUACUAGAAGCGCUGCAUCAAGCUGAGCUCAUUGUUCUGCCGUACGGCGUACUGGUCAUGUACAAUCUGUCUGCCGCAGAAGAACGUAGCAUCAUCAACGACGUCAUCUCCUCUGGCUGCGUUCGUGGUGGUCCAGCCAGCUCUCCUGAUGACGAGGAGACCGAAGCGUUCCACUUCUGCUACGAUCCGACCGUCCCAGCUCCUCGAAUUUUCAACGAUUUCUUCACCUUUAGACAGCCUAAUCACUUGCUCAAGGUCAGCUUGGCCCAUGCGAUCGCUCAAAGCACCAAGCUGAGCGUAUUUGAGGAGUCCAUGCAACAAACCCUCGAGCUCACGUCGCACAUUCCGAAAGAGCUGGCUUCAUCUGGAGAGCUCAAGCUUAAGCGUCGAGAGGCGCUGCGCCUGACCGGGCGCUUGUUCAAGCUCAGAGUGGACGUCAAUCUUACCAGCAAUGUGCUGGACACUCCAGAACUAUUUUGGAGCGAAGCUAGUCUCAAGGCGCUUUACGACGCUAUCCGGGAGUACCUCGAAAUUGACCAACGCGUCGAGAACCUCAACGAGCGUCUGGCUGUCGCCAACGACCUGCUUGAGAUCAUCCACGAGCACAUUUCGAACGAAGCGAUGAGCAAAAUCACGUGGAUCAUCAUCAUGCUUAUCAUCGUCGCAUGCCUUGUGGCCUGUGGAGAGAUAUCAGCCCGUCUUGUAUUGCAUUCCCGCGCUGACACUGCGAGAGCGCUUUUGAGGUCGGCGGCGGGCGCGCUUCCUGGCGUUACGGCCGGUGGCCGAGUGCCUCGCCUGCUUGAUGCUCCUGCCCAGCUUCUGAUGUCUUGAGCAUUCGCACAUGCCAUCUACCUGUCCUCUGCAGCAAUCCAGAUAAUUCGUAC